GACAGGAGUUGGUGGGAUAGUACUCUCCGUCUUUUUCAUAAUUUUCGGGACUCGUUCGGCGCUUUCAAAUGCUUAUACUGUCAUAGAUACCUCGCCUACCACGGAUCUGACGUUAUAUUUAUCAGAGCAACCGUUCCACGUCAACAAUUCCAUCACAGUACCACAGGGGGUAACGCUGAAUGUAGAACCUGGCGUUACCGUUAAAUUCAGCCCGCUGUCGGUGUGCGCGUUGAGGUACGGUUUUUGGCAGUGGGACAACCGGACAAACGUAUACUUUUCACGGCUGCAGACCCAAGCAAUGUUGAAAGGUAGUUUUGGCACCGUUUGUCAAAAUGGCUGGGGUAGUUCCUACUACAACAACAACAACAGAGUUGUUGCUAGGAUGUUGGGAUAUCAGACGUGUACCAAAUUAUAUAACAGAGGCAGUGGCACUGGAAGUAUUCUUCUGAACAACGUGAGAUGCAAUGGACAUGAGAGCUCCCUCUGGGACUGUCCUCACGAUGGGGUCCGUGUACACAAUUGUUCAACCAUGGUCCACACGUGCAACAUUUGCCAGAAAACGUUUCUUCUGAGGAAACAACUGAUCCGCCAUAAAGGUGUUGAUCAUGUUGUUAACAACCACGAAUGUGAUGUCUGCGGGGCAAAAUUCAGUCGCCUCGAUCACCUUAAACAGCAUCGCAUCACCCACAGCACAGAAAAUGCCAUUAAAUGCCCAACUUGCGGAAAAGGAUUUAAACUCAGAGGUAACAUGCUUCGUCACAUGCGCUUACACUCGACCAGACUAGAACAACCGACCUUAAGAUGCCCCGAGUGUGCCGAAGUAUUUGCCACCCCACAGGACCGUCUAAACCACCAGGCUGAAGCUCAUCCGCAACCGGGGCCCUCGAGCAAAAGAAAAGCAGGUUCUCAACCCGACAUCGUUAGUAAGAAAAUUCAAGUGGGGUAUGGCGCUGGGGCUAUCCUUUCCCCUGAUCCAGUCAGCAUGCCUGAAGAUCUUCUUCCUCCUGAUACUGAGCCUCUUGUACGCGACGCCUACAUGCAUCAUUGCAGUAGCAUCCGCACUCGAUUCUCUAGGGGAAACAAAUUACAAGACUGGUACAACUUUCGGUUGACUUCUGUUCACCCUGACGAUCUUCGAGAAGGGCUAGCUGCCGUGUUUAAAGACCAAAAGACUGUCUUUAAGCUGAAUGUGUCUUACGGAUUUUUUUAAAGAAACAUCGAGACAC